GAAAACAACGACGGGGCGCGUGUGAUCUGCCUUAUAUCAGCAGCUGCCAGUGGGGCGUGGUUUCUUGCUCACAGCCACAGCCACAUCUCGCGGGCACAGCACAGCCCAGCGCAUCGACGACGAGCGAGGGCAGCAACUGCGCAGGAGCAGGAUGGUCGGACGCACGGAGGACGGCGCUGCCGGGAGCGGGGAGACGGUGUGCGUGACCGGCGCCGGCGGGUACAUCGCCUCGUGGCUCGUCAAGCUCCUCCUCGCCCGCGGAUACACCGUCCACGGCACCGUCCGCGACCUGGGUGAGAAGAAGACCGCCCAUUUGAGGCAGUUGGAGAAGGCAUCUGAAAACCUGAAGCUUUUCAAGGCCGAUCUCCUUGCCUAUGACGCCAUGGCAGCUGCAAUCGUCGGAUGCCAAGGUGUUUUCCAUGUUGCCACUCCAGUUCCUUCAGGGAAAAUAACCGAUCCAGAGCGAGAAAUGUUGGGUCCUGCUGUUAAUGGCACCACAAACGUACUCAAGGCUGCCUCGGCUGCGAAUGUGCGUCGAGUGGUCGUUGUUUCAUCCAUGGUGGCUGUUGAGAUCGACCCGAAAGAUUGGCCCAAGGACAAGAUCAAAGAUGAAGGUUGCUGGUCAGACAAAGAAGCCUGCAGGAAUAACGAGGAUUGGUACUCUGUUGCCAAGAUCACUUCGGAACAGGCUGCGCUUGAGUAUGGGAAGCAAACCGGGCUUGAUGUUGUCACGGUCAACCCAGCCGUGGUCUUUGGUCCCCUUCUGCAAUCAACGCUUAACACAAGCUGCCAGUUCCUCGUCUACUUCCUGAAAGGAGGCCCUGAUCAAAUGAGGAACAAGCUUUGGCACAUCGUUGACGUCCGGGACACGGCCGAUGCUCUUUUGCUGGUCUAUGAGGCACCUGAAGCCUCCGGUAGGCACAUUUGCGCACCUCAUUUCAUCAGUGCCCGUGACCUGCUGGACUUACUGAAGAGCAUGUACACUGAAUACCCUUUCAUGAGCAAGGAGAGCAUCUGUGACAUGGAUCACCCAGCUCCAAUGACGUCUGACAAGCUGAAGAAGCUGGGGUGGAAGGUCAGAUCGUUGAAGGAAACUAUCGCUGAUACAAUUGAGUUCUGCAAGAAGGCUGGAUUUCUUGAGGACGUGGCGGGGAAUCCCUGCCGUUUCCCUGAUAUUUACAACAAAAUCUAGCUUAGCAAAGAAUCCAGGACCAGAGGAAGCACAUGUAUGGGCAUCAGUAUGGCAACUAUUUAGCUUAGCUGCUUGAUGCUGAUUGUUUAGCAGCAAAAAUAAUGGUCUUGCCUCAGAAACGCCAAUAAAGCCCCCUUCUCUUUUUUCAAUAUGUUUUUAUGUAUUCUGAUUUAAACUAUGAGAAGUGCCUCAGUGUUAUCCUAUCUGUAUCGUGGCUAACUGGUGAUGGACAUAAACCUAAAAGAAGUAAGUCAAGGUAGGACCAACAAGAUCCUCAAACAGAAAUCAUUUUACUAUUAUUGUUGCUACUAUUA